UUUUUCAUUUUUCGUCGCAAUAGCACUCUUUUGAUCCAUAGAAUAUAGUGCUUUAGGGCUUGUGUUUUUAACUAAAUACGUUUUACGAAAUAUGUUUUUUGGUUUUUCUCAAAAUUUGCCCAAGCUUUUUCAAUCAUUUUCGGAUAUGUUUUAGAGUUAGUCCAGGCGAACAUUUCGUCCAAUAUCUAAGACCGGAAAGUCCGCCAUUUUGAAUUUAUUAAACGUCAUAUUUCAACGACUUUGGAAGGCUAAUUUUUCAAUCGAUUUGGUUAAAUUUGGAUUUUUUGGAAAGGUAUUGAAAUUUCGAACCCGGCUGCAUCGGUCUUCAUCGGUAAUGAACCGGUUAAGUACCGAUUUUUGAAUAAUUUUACAUCCCCUAUAAUUAACAAUUCCAAAAAAUCAUGUUUUUCAGUUUUUUCAAAAUUUGCCCAAGCAUUUACAAUGAUUUUCGGAUAUUUUUAUUGAUUUGAUGAACAUUAAAAUCUAAUUACUCCCGAUCCCGACAUCCUAAAACUGUCUAGUUCCAAAACAUUCCUCUGAAGAAAUUCAGAUUUAACUGAGAAUAAAUUCUCCAAAAGCAUUUCAAUGAACUUGACAAGACACCGAGUCACCAAACUCUCCUGCUUACCCAAAUACCACCAGUUCACAUUGAAAGAGUCAUCCGUGACGUCGAAUGUCUGCUCCCCACCAGAAGCCCCAGCAAAGAGAGUGAAAGUUGCCUCCAAACGAAAUCUCGUGUCAGUUUUCUGCAAGAAUUACUCGCGAAAAUGUUGCGUUUGUUGGUACUCUGUAUCCUCCUUGUACUCUCCUGCCAUUUGGCAUCCUCGUACGAUCCCACGGACAAAGAGAUCAGUUCAGUGUUGCCCCCCGAAGGCACCUUCGAAGCCUUCUAUCCACGUGAACAGAAUGGAAUCCCCAAUGGAUCAUCACGUCCACCCCAUGGACACGGCAGUUUCUUCAAGUAUCGCAAUCCAGCACUCGUGGACACCAAGAAUGCUGCUGCCUAUGGCUUCCGCUUCGACGGCAUGAGGAGAUUCAACUUUGAUUGAGCC